AACCAAAACCAUGGGGAGUCUCAUCGUCUCUCACUCAACCUCUGUCGCUCUCCGUCGUACCCACAAAUCACCACCUCUACUCUACACCUCCAACCCACCGUCCGUUCCAUUCUCCGGCCAAUUGGGUUGCCGGAAAACCAGAGGUCUGUCGUUGGUGACACGCGCAGGUCCGAGCACCAACAGCUAUAUAUUUGCAUUUGUGUUCCCUCUCUCUCUUCUGGCCGUCACAAUCUUCACUUCCGCUAGAGUCGCUGAUAAGCUCGACGAAAAAUUUCUUGAAGAGCUUGAAGUCAAUCGAGCAAUACUAGAAGCAGAAGAGUAUGCUGGUGAUGCUGUCAUUUCUUUAGAAGAAGAACCUGCACUCCCACGCUCUCGUAAUCGACCAAAACGAGAAGCUGAGCCUUCAUCAGAAAGAGCCAAUGCUAUAGUAGAUAACCAAACACAGGGAAUAUAGCUGUAGCUUACUUCUAGUAUGUAGUUGAUUUUGAAAUUUUAGUAUUGUGUUGGUUACAACUUGUAUUUCGACAAUUCGAGUAUGCAUUUCCUCAAAAACCACUAUAGGUGGACUAAACUACAUGCAUUACCAUGUUUCCUGAAUGGAUCAAUGAGACGACGACGUUCACCCAGCAGAAUAAAUUAACCACUGUAACCUCAAAAUUUAAAACUGAUGGGGG